UCAAGUUCGUUGUGUUUGAAGGUGGUUGUCUCCCAAAGGAAACACCACAAAAAAUUUAGCUAUAAUGGCUUCCAAAAUUAUACUCGCAUGUACGCUGUUGUCACUUUCAUCUGUGUCCAGAGCAACAUUUGGUGGAACUGAACAUGUUCAUAUCCGUGUACAUGUACCUGAAAUUAUUAAAGAAUCACACCACCACAAAGAGAUUAUCCAAUACGAGCACCAUGAUCAUCAUGGCCAUGGCGGCGGAGGUGGGGGCGGUGGUGGCCACGGUGGCCACGGUGGCGGUGGAUUCGGUGGAGGACACGGAGGUGGAAUAUCUAUUGGUGGUGGCCAUGGAGGUGGAUUUGGCGGUGGUUUCGGAGGUGGCCAUGGAGGUGGUGGCAAACAUGUUACCAUUGUUGAAGAACACAGUAUCGGUGGUGGCCAUGGGGGAGGUUUUGGAGGCGGCAGUUUCGGUGGUGGCCAUGGAGGUGGAAUAUCUAUUGGCGGUGGACACGGUGGUGGAUUAUCACUUGGAGGAGGACAUGGCGGUGGAUUAUCACUUGGAGGAGGACAUGGUGGUGGAUUUGGAGGUGGAAGUUACGGAGGAGGUCAUGGAGGCGGCGGCGGUGGUGGCCAUGUUACAAUUGUUGAAGAACAUAGUAUUGGAGGUGGUCAUGGAGGUGGUAUUGGUGGCGGCCAUGGCGGUGGUAGCUUUGGUGGUGGCCACGGCGGUGGACUUUCGCUUGGCGGCGGUCAUGGCGGUGGAAUUUCACUUGGUCAUGGCAGUGAUUUAGGAGGAGGAUUUGGAGGUGGCCAUGGUGGUGGAGAUAUUGGAGGUGGCUAUGGAGGAGUAGGAAUCGCCCACAGUGUAUCGAUAAGUAGUGACCACGGUAGUGGAGAUAUUGGCGGUGGUUACGGCGGUGGACACGGAGGUGGAUCAAUUGGCCACAUUGCUGAUAUUGGCGGUGGAUAUGCAGGUGGUCAUGGAGAUAUCGGUGGAGGUGGAUACGGAGGUGGUGGCGGCGGAGGCCAUGCCAGUAUCUCAAUCAGUAGUGAUCAUGGUAGUGGAGGUGGCUUAGGAAGUUACGGAGGUAGUAGUUUCGCUAGCAGCCACGAAAGCAGUGGUGGAUUUGUUGGAAUAUCCAGUGGAGGUGGACAUGAUGAUCAUGGAAGCUUAGGAGGCGGCGGUGGUGGUCACUACAGUGGUGGUGGCGGUGGAUUCAGUGCUAGUUUUGGAGGUGCCGAUAGUUAUUCGGGUCAUGACAGUUAUAGUGUAGGCGGUGGUUCAAUUGGCGGCGGAUAUUCGAGUAGCGGUGGUGAUAGUUACAGUCCGAGUCAUGGAGGUGAUGAAGGUGGCCCAUACGGCUAUGGUCCAGAAAGUGGACACCACAAAUAAGUAAAUAAUAUUCUCAAA